AUGGCACCAGGCGCAAUCUUCGAGACGCCCAACGUGGCUGAGAACUUCAACGACCACCGCGAUGGUCUUGCCCUCGAGGCCACCUCCGACGCCAUUGACGAUGUCAACGUUCUCAAGGCCGCGAUGAAGGUCAAGAACGGCACCGCGACACAGAAGGAGAAGGACAUCUACGAGCAAUCCGAGUUCGACGCCGAAAAGGACAAGACCCAGUUCCGCCAGUACGAAGAAGCAUGCGACCGUGUCAAGAACUUCUACCGCGAGCAACACGAAAAGCAAACUGUUGGCUACAACCUCAAAGCACGCAACGCCUUCCACAGCAAGACCCGCGCCGAGAUGACCAUCUGGGAAGCAAUGGAGAAGCUCAACACACUUAUUGACGAAUCCGACCCAGACACCUCCCUCUCCCAAAUCGAGCAUCUCCUCCAAUCUGCCGAGGCCAUCCGCCGCGACGGAAAGCCGCGCUGGUUCCAGCUCGUAGGUCUCAUCCACGACCUAGGCAAGCUACUCUUCUUCUACGACGCCCAGGGCCAAUGGGAUGUAGUCGGCGACACAUUCCCUGUCGGUUGCGCCUUCUCCCCCAAGAUCAUCUACCCCGACACCUUCAAGAACAACCCAGACUACAAGGACGAGAUCUACAGCACCGAGCACGGCAUCUACACACCUGGCUGCGGUAUGGACAAUGUCAUGUUGAGCUGGGGCCACGACGAGUACCUCUACCACAUCAUGAAGGACCAGAGCAGCAUCCCUGAUGAGGGUCUUGCUAUGAUCAGGUACCACUCUUUCUACCCGUGGCACACUGGUGGUGCGUACAGGUGGAUGAUGAACGACAAGGACGAGCGCAUGCUGGAGGCUGUCAAGGCCUUCAACCCGUACGAUCUUUACAGCAAGAGCGACGAGGUACCCAAGGUUGAGGACCUCAAGGAGUACUACUUGGACAUUAUUGAUGAGUACAUUGGCAAGGACAAGAAGUUGAAGUGGUAG